AUGCCCGCAACCCUCUACCUCCGUCCAUCUCCACGAGCGUUCUUCCUCCUGACCGAAACGCACGCUCUGAUCUUCCGUCAGCCAGAUGCGUCAGAGACAAAAGCCUCCAAAAGUGUUGUGGUGGCUGAAUUCUUACCGAUAGAAGAGGUCGAUACGAGGGGUUUGGUAAAGGCUUGUAGGGGCAGAAGUGUGGAGGGUGUAUUGGGUGUGACGAGUGUGCCGAGUGAUCGAUCACCCAUCCCAGAGAUAUUCCUCCUCCUCGUUUCUCACUCCACAUCUCUACCAUCUCUGCUACCCUCUUCAUCGGCGAUCAAACCCCAGAAAGUGAUCGGAGUAGAAUUCCAUUCUCUGACAUCCUCAUUCUGGGAUUCCCCCGAGUUACUUUCCGCCUCCGCCUCCGCACAACAACAAGCUUUGGGCUAUGACGAAUUCGACUAUGAUGACCCUAUACCUUCUGGACCAUCGUAUACCUCCGGGGGAUCAACGAUGUCUCAAGCUCAGCAAAUGGGAUUGGAAAAUCCAUGUAAUGGGAUGCGAAAAUAUCUAGAGUCUGGAUCGUUCUUCUAUGCUGAUGGUGUAUCAUGGGAUAUAUCAAAGCGAUUAGACGAAUCAAAUUGGAUCUUAUCAUCCAUUGGUUCCUCUCAGGAUCAUCCAUUGGAGAAUUUCGAUGAGAGAUUUAUAUGGAAUUCAUCACUUCUUCAGCCAUUCCUAAACUUCCGCUUGAACCUACCUCACGAUCAAAGAAGGGAGUUGGACGAUCAAGCAUUGUUGAUACCUAUAAUCCAAGGAUUUAUCAAUUCCUUACCUAUAUCUACAGGAUAUUCGUCAUCGACCGGUAAACAUGAAGUAGCGAGUCUAGGGUUGAUAUCGAGAUUAAGUUGGAAAAGAGCAGGAGCGAGAUUUAGAACAAGAGGAAUAGAUGAUAAUGGACAAGUAGCGAAUUUCGUAGAGACGGAAUUGGUACUGGCGACGGAAAGUACCUUGAUGAGUUAUAGUCAGGUUAGGGGUAGUGUUCCCCUGUUUUGGGAACAACCUAGUCAGGGAUUGGGGACGCUACAGCAGAAGGUUGAACUGACCAGGCCCCCACAAGCGACCCAACCCGCCUUCGAUAAACAUUUCCUCGAACUGAUGUCGCAUUACCAUUCUAUUCACGCUAUCAACCUCCUAGGUCAGAAAGAUGCCGAAUCAAUGUUAUCUUCCGCCUAUUCCCAUCAUCUCGAGUCACUCAAGCAUACCCUCGCUGCCAAUCCAGAGAAAGAUGAGACCCUAGAUGGCCAGACUAGAGGAACGAUUGACCUCACACCGUAUGAUUUCCAUUAUGCCGUCAAAGUGGGCGGACACGAGAUGGUAAAAUAUGAUUUUUCGAUGAGGUUGGACGAAGUGGUAGAUUCUAUGGAAAAGUUCGGAUGGACUGCGAUUGAUAAUACUGAUGGACAGGUGAUUGAGAAGCAGGAUGGGGUAUUUAGGGUGAACUGUCUGGACUGUCUGGAUAGAACCAACUAUGUCCAAGAUGUUAUAUCCUCCUUGACCCUCUCCCGAUUCCUUGAUUCUAUCGGAUCACCCCUACAAUCCUCUCAAACCCUUUGGUCAGCACACAGAGAACUAUGGGCAGAUAACGGUGAUAGAUUGAGUAAGAUAUAUGCUGGUACAGGUGCACUUAACACAUCUGCAACGAGAAGUGGGAAGAAGACUUUUGCAGGACUGUUGAGCGAUGCUACGAAAUCUGUUGGAAGAGCAUAUAUCAACAAUUUCCAGGAUAAAGGUAAACAGAAUGCUAUCGAUAUGCUAUUGGGGAUGAUGUCUGGGCAAAGACCUGUCAUAUUGUUUGAUCCGAUAAGUGACUCGGUACAAGCAGCUUUGACAGCCAGAUUAAACGAAUACUCUCACACUAAAGUUUUGUCGAUCUUUUCGGGAACUUGGAAUCUGAAUGGAAAAGCUCCGGAUGAGGCUUUGGAUUCUUGGUUGUUCCCUCCAAAUACAGCUGAACCGGACAUCUACAUGAUUGCUUUUCAAGAGAUCGUUGAACUUACCGCAACUCAAAUACUGCAGACUGAUCCGGCGAAGAAACGGGUAUGGGAAAAAUUCAUCAUGGACACAUUCGCUAUGCGCAAAGGCCAAAAAUCAGACUAUCUUCUAUACAGAAGUGAACAACUUGUCGGAUCAGCAUUGAUCAUAAUCGUGAAAUCAAGUCUAGCACCAUACAUGAGGAACGUUGAAACUUACAAGAUAUUUCAACAGACUGGUUUAUCUGGAUUAUCGGGAAACAAAGGUGGGGUGGCGAUAAGAUUCCAACUUUACGAUUCGGAUAUAUGUUUCGUCACUUCCCAUCUUACUGCUGGACAAUCCAAUGUCACUGAGAGGAAUUCCGAUUGGAAGACAUUAACUGCGGGGAUGAAGUUCUCGAGAGGGAGGAUGGUCGAAGAUCAUGAGAUUAUCAUCUGGUCGGCGGAUUUGAAUUACCGGAUUGCUCUACCCAAUGCGGAUGUAAGACAAGCCAUCGAAGAAGGCAAUUUAGAUGCAUUGCUGGAAUCUGAUCAGCUACAUAACGCUAUGGAUGCUGGAGAAACCUUCAUAGGGUAUGAAGAAGGGCCUGUAUCGUUCUUUGAUAACGGUACUGAGGACUAUGAUACCAGUGAGAAGCAGAGGGUACCAGCAUGGACAGAUCGUGUUCUGUUCAAAGGAUCAGCACUCCGGUUGAAGGAGUACAAUCGGGCGGAAUUGAUGACAUCGGACCAUCGGCCUGUUUAUGCUGUUUUCGACGCGACCAUCCGCGAAGUCGAUCAUGCUCGCAAAGAUGCGAUCUCGAAGGAGAUCGUACAUUCUAUCUUGACCAGUGGAGGUGAGAAGAAGAUGGACGAGAAGGUGGAAGCUGUCGUUAGAGGUCAUGGUGGACCAAGAGAUUUGGUCAAGGAUUUGGCGAGAGUCUCGGUAACUCCUUCUCUACGUACGCCUAGUCCAAGACUGCCACCCAGACCUACAUCUGCAGCAUCGAUGAAAGAGACCCAUUCCCCAGUUACGGCAACAGCAAGACUGCAUUCGCAAUCCCUCUCCACUCCACAACAGACAGCAUCCUCUUCCCUUCGAGCUUUAUCAUCCAGCACCUCGUCGUCGUCUCUCAAGCAGAAUGCAAGAAGACCUCCUCCAGCUAUACCUACCAGGUCAGCUAUCUCACCAGAUAUACAAGCACAUUCCAUCGUCCCACUGAACCCAGAUAGGAGAUCACCUAUACCUAGAUCUUCUUCGCGAGGUUUGUUAGCCAAUGGAACUGGAUCGACCCACUUAAGCAAUUCAACGCCCACCCCGUCAAUUACACCUUCUUCGACGGGUGAUUUCGUGAUUGUACCCAAUACCAACACCAACGCAAAAUCGUAUCCACCACCGUUACCGCCCCGAGCCGUUCCCACACCUAAAUCAAGUUUAGAUGUGAAACCCUCAGAACAAGGCAAAGUUCCGGUCAUACCUAGAUCAUCAUCUGGUUCGGUUGUAAACAGGACAAACGGAGAAGAGAAAGAAAUCCAAGAGGGAUUAUCCUUAACUCAACUUCGAGCUAAAUUUGAGAACCCGAAUAAGGAUAAUUCUUCGACAAAUCCUAUAAAGCCUAAACCUAUUCCUGUCGUUGCGAAAUUGCCUAGAAAAUCACUGGACAUCAAUGGAUCGCCUCAAGAAGGGUUGAUGUCGCCCGUCAAACCUGAUAAACCCCAUGGACAAACACCAGUGAUUCCGACUAAACCUAGACGAUUAAGCUCAGGUAUCGCCAAAUCCCCCGAAAAGUACAAGGGCGCAGGGAAUGGGAGGGGGGAUGGGGAUGGAUCACCGGAGAAGGACAAGAAGAAACCGGAGGUGCCUAAGAAACCUAUUGGGCUGGGAGUGAAGAAGGAAGGGAUAUAG